AUGAACACGACGGCCUGCCCAUCUAUAUGCGUCUAUUCACCUCUUCUCAGACUCGGCUUUUUGACUGAGCACACACCCUUCCACUCCCACAGUCCGCGUUCCAGCUCCCCGGUGCCUCGGUCCAACUUGCUCCACUCGUGGGCGCUGCGCCAAUUCCCUGUCUGCCCACCCGCUCACCCAGACUCAGAGCAUGUAGCAAUCGGGAUACCUGAAGGAUGCAUAUGCUGGCCAACCCCAGCCAUGGUCCGCUUUCUCAGAACGACCCUGUUGUAUCCUCCUUUCACUACAGAAUUAGGUCACAGUCGACCCCAUGGCCGGGUUAACACGAUUCCAGACUAG